AGCGCGGGACCCGCGUCCGUCGCACUCGGCGGCCCCCGCGGCGGCGCCAUGUCGGACUUCAGCCCUGAGCUGAUCGACUACCUGGAGGGGAAGAUCUCCUUCGAGGAGUUCGAGAGGCGCCGCGAGGAGCGGAAGAAGCGGCAGCGCAAGGAUGAAGAAAAUGCACCUACUGAGGAAAAUACAGAAAACCUUGAUGCUCCAUCGUCAUCUAAAAAAGGAUCUAGUAAAUCCCAGUGUCUUAAUGAUACAGAAGGCGAAACAUCAGAUGGGGUGAGUAAGUCUGUGCAUCGGGUCUUUGCUUCCAUGCUUGGAGAAAAUGAGGACGAGGACGAGGACGAGGAGGAGGAGGAGGAGGAGGAGGCAGAGGAGGAGGACGAGGAGGAAGAAGAGGAGGAGGAAGAUGAUGAAGAAACCUCUGAGCAACCCUCAGCUGGAGAUGUUUUUGCAUUGGAGAUGGUGUUAAACCGGGAGAACAAGAAAAUGAUGAAAGAGAAAAGACCACGCAGUAAACUUCCUCGAGCCCUGAGAGGCCUCAUGGGAGAAGCCAACAUUAGGUUUGCUCGAGGAGAACGUGAGGAAGCUAUACUGAUGUGUAUGGAAAUCAUAAGACAAGCUCCUCUUGCUUAUGAGCCGUUUUCUACUCUUGCCAUGAUCUAUGAAGACCAAGGUGACAUGGAGAAAUCAUUGCAGUUUGAAUUGAUUGCAGCUCACUUAAACCCUAGUGACACUGAAGAGUGGGUUAGACUAGCAGAAAUGUCACUAGAACAGGACAAUAUUAAACAGGCCAUUUUUUGCUAUACAAAAGCUCUGAAGUAUGAUGCUACCAAUGUACGUUAUCUGUGGGAAAGGUCAAGCUUAUACGAACAGAUGGGGGAACAUAAAAUGGCAAUGGAUGGCUAUAGACGCAUCUUAAAUCUCCUGUCCCCUUUUGAUGGAGAACGUUUUAUGCAGCUCGCCAGAGACAUGGCAAAGAGUUAUUAUGAAGCCAAUGAUGUCACCUCUGCUAUUGAGAUCAUAGAAGAAGCUUUUACUAAACACCAGAGCCUUGUCUCCAUGGAAGAUGUCAAUAUAGCUGCUGAACUAUAUAUUUCCUGCAAACAGUAUGACAAAGCACUGGCGGUUAUUACAGAUUUUGCAGGAAUAGUUCUUGAAAAGAAAGCUACAGAAAAAGGAUCUUCUGAGGAGAAUAAAGAAACAAAUACAGCGGCUGUUGUGAAAAUCCAAGAAAGCCAAGUGGAAGGGAUGGACUGUCAAGACGUGCCACCUGAAUCCAGUGCUGCCUGUAAGCAAUCUCCAGAGAAAGUUACCUGCCUUAUCCCUGAUGGAGUUCCUAUAGAUAUUACAGUGAAGUUGAUGAUCUGUUUGGUUCACCUGAGCAUUUUAGAGCCACUCAAUCCUCUCUUGACUACUCUAGCAGAGCAAAAUCCAGAGGAGAUGGGGGAUUUAUACCUAGAUGUUGCAGAAGCAUUUCUGGAUGUUGGAGAAUACAAUUCAGCAUUGCCUCUCUUGAGUGCCCUAGUCUGUUCUGAAAGAUAUAACUUGGCUGUAGUCUGGCUCCGGCAUGCAGAGUGCUUAAAAGCCUUGGGUUAUGUAGAACGGGCUGCAGAGAGCUACGCCAAAGUUGUAGAUCUUGCUCCCUUGCAUUUGGAUGCAAGAAUUUCACUUUCAACACUUCAGCAGCAGCUUGGCCGGCCUGAGAGAGCUCUCGAGGCCCUGGAACCAAUGUAUGAUCCAGAUACACUGGCACAGGAUGCUAAUGCUGCCCAGCAGGAAUUAAAGCUGUUGCUCCAUCGUUCAACACUGUUGUAUUCCCAAGGCAAAAUGUAUGGUUAUGUGGACACUUUACUCACCAUGCUAGCCAUGCUCUUAAAGGUAGCAAUGAACAGAGCUCAAGUGUGUUUAAUAUCUAGUUCCAAAUCUGGGGAGCGACACCUUUAUCUUAUUAAGGUAUCAAGGGAUAAAAUAUCAGACAAUGAUGACCAAGAGACAGCAAACUGUGAUGCCAAAGCCAUAUUUGCUGUACUCACAAGUGUCCUGACAAAAGAUGAUUGGUGGAACCUUCUCCUGAAAGCCAUUUACUCCUUGUGUGACCUCUCCCGAUACAAGGAAGCAGAGCUGUUGGUGGAUUCUUCCCUAGAGUAUUAUUCGUUCUAUGAUGACAGGCAAAAGCGUAAAGAGCUGGAGUACUUUGGUCUUUCAGCUGCAAUUCUGGACAAGAAUUUCCGCAAGGCUUAUAAUUAUAUCAGAAUAAUGGUAAUGGAAAAUGUCAAUAAACCUCAGCUCUGGAACAUCUUUAAUCAAGUCACCAUGCAGUCUCAGGAUGUACGACACCAUCGCUUUUGUCUUAGAUUAAUGUUGAAAAAUCCAGAAAAUCACGCACUGUGUGUCCUAAAUGGGCACAAUGCAUUUGUAUCUGGCAGUUUCAAGCAUGCUCUUGGACAGUAUGUGCAAGCCUUUCGUACCAAUCCUGAUGAGCCUCUGUACAGCCUUUGCAUAGGCUUAACUUUUAUCCAUAUGGCAUCUCAGAAAUAUGUCUUAAAAAGACAUGCUCUUCUAGUUCAGGGAUUCUCUUUCCUUCACCGCUACCUGGGCAUCCGUGGACCUUGUCAAGAAUCUUUCUAUAACCUAGGCCGUGGCCUUCAUCAGAUGGGAUUAGUGCAUUUGGCAAUCCACUACUACCAAAAGGCUCUUGAACUUCCUCCUGUUGUCUUAGAGGGAAUAGAAACUGAUCAAACAGACUUGAAAAGAGAUAUUGCCUUCAACUUAUCACUAAUUUAUCAGAGUAGUGGAAAUACAACAGUAGCUCGGAAGCUGCUGUAUACAUAUGGAGUCGUAUGACGAGUGUGUGGCAGCUGUUCGCGAUUAGGAUGCAGCCUGCAAGAAAAACUGCCUCUGUCAUUUUCACCAGGAUAUUGAGGAUGUUGGGCAGUAUGCAAUGGUAAAAGAUUAAUCUGAAAGAAGCUAUGUAAAUAUUUUUUCCUAAACAGAACUAGACACGGUCUGGUCAGAGCUGCCACUCUGUAGGUAUUUUGUUUCAUAGACUUUUAGCUAUUUUUUUCCAGUUUCUAAAAUUGUGACAAUAAAAUGCACUGAUUCAAGAAAAAAUACUGUUGGCAUUUCUGAGCAAAUUCCAGACAUACUUGAAGUUGAGGGAGCACUUACCAUUCAGUUCUGGAUUUUUCUCCAUGGAUUUUGAUUCUGAAAUCUACAGUUCCUGCUGGCAUACAGCAUUUUCUGCUGAAUAAGGGGCCAAAAAAGCACUAAUUAUUUUUGGAGAAGACUUGUUUGUGUAUUUAACCAGAUACUGUCCUUGUUCAAAAGCUAUUCAUUUGCUACAGUUAGUUUGCCACAUACUAUUCAGAAUUGUUGCUCUUAUGCAGGAGAGGGAAGACAAAUCAGCUUCCAAGGUAGAAUGCCUAACCCCUGCAUAUUAGGCAGUAGCUUCAUACAGAUUCCUGGGAGGAUAUUUCCAAAAAGAGGAAAGAACUGUAAAUAAAUCCAAUUGCAAGAACUUUUUAUUACUUGCAUAUUUUUUAGGUAAUUCUUUAUUCAGCAGUAAUGUUGUCUGAGAAGUGACUUUUGCUUUAAUGUUAUGUGCCACAACUGUAACAGGCAUCCUAUUCAGAAAGAGUAUUGUAUAUUUUGUGUUAAUAAAAUUUUUUGGUUUGUAAAUAA